GCGCGUGUGCCGUGGCCUUAACCAUUCCAAUUUUAAUUAACACAUAUUCUUUUUAAUUUUACUUUUUAAAAUAAUAUUGUUUUUUAAAUUGUGAGUGAUGUUGCGACAGUGUAUCGUUUUGGCCGUGGUCGGGUGUGCGCUGGCGGCGCCUCAGCAUCAGUACCAACCACAGCAACAACAGGCGGAAGUUCCCCCUCACCUACUGCGGCAGUACUUCGCGGCACAGCAGCCUGCUCAGACGCAGGUUGUCACGCGUCCUGUUGCCUCCGCUCCAGCUCGACUUCCUUACGUCGUCCAGAAUGAAGAGCAGCAGUACGUCCAGCCACAACAGUACAGGCCAGCACCCCAACCUCAGUACAGGCCAGCACCCCAACCUCAGUACAGGCCCGCUCCUCAGCCGCAGUACCGUCAACCUCAGGCCGAGACCCGUGACCCUCAGGAAGACUAUGACCCUCAUCCUUCAUACCAGUUCGGAUUCGACGUGAACGACGACCAGUACACCAACUACCAGAACCGCAAAGAGCAGCGCGACGGUGACGUCAUCAAGGGCUCUUAUUCCGUUGUCGACAGCGAUGGCUUCAUUAGAACCGUCACCUACACUGCUGAUCCUAAAGAAGGUUUCAAGGCUGAGGUAUCUCGGCAGCCCACGGACAUUGUGGUUAAGAUUCCGACGCCCAAGCCGCAGUUGCAGCAAAUUGCGCACGCGCAGCCACAGCCGCGGCCACAACCCCAGCAAGCGCCGCAGCAAUACUACCGUUAUGAACAGUAGAUGUUUACUUGUAGUAAUCUUAGAUUAUAAUACCUUCAGUCUUACUUCGGGUUAAUUUGUCAUCUUAAACAUAUUUUUCUCUAAAGCAGCCGACCGUCUACUUUUAAACAUUUUAACUGAAAUUAUUCUGUUUUAUAGCCGAAUGUAAAAGACCUAAUUUUUACAACAUGAACAAUGACGUCAAAUGUUACUUAUCAACUUUAGUUAUAUCGAUAGUCACAAAAUUCGAAAACAUUUUUGAGAGACUUAUGAUAUAAAUAAAAAAUAUAUUACGUACAAUAUAAAACUUCAUAACCGUUUUACAUAUGUAGGUAUAAUAUCAUUGGUUUUACAUGGCGAAGAUAAUUUUGUCAUAUUACGAACAACGUGCCUAAUUUUUUUAGUAUCUUGUUGUGUCUCAAAAAUGACAUUUCGAAUUUAGUCAUUGUUUUCUAUAUUAACAAAGUGCCACCUAAUUCUACUAUAUCCGAGAAAAAGACGGGUUGUGGCUUUUCAUUCGGACGUUCUUGCUUUUUUGUUUCAUUCUUAUCUAUUUCUAAUUUCUUACUUUAUUUCUUUUUCUUCUUACUUAAAAUUGUUCUAUCUUCUCAUUUUAAGCUCUAAAAAUUAUUUUCUUAGUCCGCUUCUUCUAUCUCAGAUGCAGGCUUACUGUGGAAUGGAAGCUAAGUUUUAUAACCACAGCAUAAUGAAACUUAUGUCUAAAAAACACACACACAACAAACCGUCUUCCGGACAAUUUUCGCGCAAUCUCGGAAAUUCUCGUAGCUACCGUAUCCAGUUUGUACGUUACACUAUUCGAUAUAAAGUUUAUUAUGCUUUGUACUGGUUACUUGCUUCCAUUCCAUUCAACAGUAAAGUUAAUAUCAUGCUCACGUCUGUAGAGAUAACUCUCGUAAUGUCAUUUGAGAAUAUCUCGUCUUUACCCUCAUGCUAAGUCUGCUGGUACUAUUUAAGGCCUAUACAGAUAUAAGCGUUAUUCGCUGCCACUGUGGGUAGCGAAAUUCGAGUGGGUACGCGGUAUUCCCACUGUUCACAACUAAUACCCACUAGCCUUUUGAGAUGAAGUCUGUGCAAACGGACUGAUCCGUCACAGGUUAUAGUGCCCUUCUCGUAUACCCUCAAGGUCGCUAGGGAGGGUCACUAUAAUAAAAAACUGAUGUAGAAAAGGACGGAUUAUUAAGCUAAUUAAGUCUGUGCAAAGGAGGUAAUUUGGGGUCAGGGUCUGACUGAUAAGGUCCCUGUACAAGCUUGCUUGUACAGGUUAUAGUACCCUUCUCGUAUACCCUCAAGGUCGGUAGCGAGGGUAACUAUAAUCAAAACUUAAUUAUGUAGAAAUGUCUGGGAAUGUUCACACCUAAGCGGAUAUCGCUACAACAUUAUCAUUUAUUAUUAUGGCAAUUAAUUGUCCCUAGCUGACUUGCGGGGUGUGCGGGAGUGAUGAAUUUGCCACCGCAUCGUGCCACAAGUUUCGCUCUUGCCAUGAAAAUUCAUACAAAUACCCAGCGGGA